GACAGAGGCCAGGCUAAGCGCUUGCUUGCAAGGCACCGGUAAUACCAACUUUGAUGCCCAAGGAGCCCUGUUCCUAAGCCUGCUAUCAGGUAAUUGAUCAGUACAUUUCUAGAGACACCUCUUGCCCCAUGCACUGUCCAAAUGGGGACAAGGCCCUGUGGCCCUAAUGUAAGUCAGGGUAGCUCUCAGGAAUCACUAGCACCGAGUUCAUGGUUGGGACCCCAUCACUGGGCUCUGUGGGCAGAAUGCUCCCUGAACAUAGCCCUCUUUUUUCCUGAGCUUGUCUGGCUGGACAAGCAGGGCAAGUUCAACGCCAGGACCGCUCAGACUAUUGGUGCCUCCGAGUGACUGCAGGUUGACCUGGGGUGCCAGAAGUGGCUUUCCUCCCAGCUUCCAAAUAAAAAUCUCAUAAUGGUCAUUCAGGGAGGUGUUCACCGGGACUGCAGACAGCGCCGCGGGACCGGAGGGCCUCCCUUCGCUCUUCUCGCCUCGGCCGCCAGGGGCCACUGCGCCCGUCUGGGCCAGCCCCCACGGCCGAGCGCUCUGCGCGGCGCGGGGAGCUGUCCUGGAGGAGGCUGUGGUGCCCGCGCCGGGCUGGCGGAGCGGGGACGGUCCCCAGCGACAGAGAGGAGGCGGCGGCUGCACGCUCUCUGGCCUGCCGGCGGGAGCCUCCAAAACACCGCGGCUGGCCUCGCAGAGCUGGCGGGGUGGGCCAGGAGGUCCUUGUGCGCGGAGCAGGGCCGGGCAUGACCGUGAUGCCAGUUUGGCCAAAGCUCCGCCGCCUCGGGGACGCGGCAGCAACCUGGUGAGGGACACGAGGCUCCAGACUCGACAGCACUCGCGCCGGCCGCUCCCGCCUGAAGUCCGCCUUUCGGAGUCUUGGUGCCGGACUCAGAGGUGGAGUAAGUCUGAGGCCUGUGGAUGAACAGACAGAAGCUGAAAGAUCCCCAAAAAAGAUGUGUGAGAGGACCUCUCAGAACCGGAGCACAGGCCACUGGCUGCUGGCACUUUCCCUGGCCUUGCUGUGGACCCUCCUUGCCUCAGCUUCCUUGCAGCCGCCAACUCCCACAGGUUUGGGGAAGGUGACAGAGCCUGGGGGAGGGUUUUCCUGGAGGCCUGGAGAGCUGGGCACUGCUCCACCCCAUUCCAGAGCUGGCAGAUCGCCAAGGCCAGUCCUGGUGAAGCAGGGCGCCUGCGAGGUGAUUGCCACUCAUCGCUGCUGCAACCGGAACCGCAUCGAGGAGCGCUCCCAGACGGUCAAGUGCUCCUGCUUUUCCGGCCAGGUGGCCGGCACCACCCGCGCAAAGCCCUCCUGCGUGGACGCCUCCAUCGUCUUGCGGAAGUGGUGGUGUCAGAUGGAGCCCUGCCUGCCGGGGGAGGAGUGCAGAGUGCUCCCGGAUCUGUCAGGAUGGAGCUGCAGCGGCCGACACAAAGUGAAAACCACCAAGGUCACACGAUAGCUCUUGGGUCACGUGCUGGACAGGACAGCUUGACUGAGCCAUGGACUGAAGAAUGGUAUUAUUAUCAGCCAGCAAAAGUGGAGAUUCACUUACCUGGACACAUGCCCUGUGCCAAGUGAAGAAUCACUCUUCCCAGGGGGCAUCUCAGUUAAGUGACUCAGCAGAUAAGGACAGAUCUCUGGCCACAUACCUGGUGUUGUGCUGGGUUCUCCUGGGGGACCCAGAAGAAGGUCAAGAUACAAUUCCUGCCCUUGAGGAAUGUCCAGUCAAGUUGGAGAGUUGUUGAAAGACAGCUGAGCUAAUUGAGGUUAAAGCGUGUGGUAUGGGACCAUACCAUGUAGACCAUAUAUGGGUCAUGUUCUGUGGACAUGUUGGGGGUGUGAGGGUGAGACCCCCAUGGCCCUUUGGCCAACCCCUCAGCACAAGGCAAGAAGACAAGAAGUCACAUUCACCACCUGCCACGUCCCUCCCUCACGUCAGUCUGGACACCCAGCAAGCUGCCAACAUGCCUAAGGAAAACCUUUCCCCCCAUGAGAGACCAGCUGUACCUCAUUUGCACGGGACUGGGUUGACUUGGGGAGUGAAAGCUGACAUAAAGCCAGACAACUUUCCAGCAAAGCUCUGCAGAGGUGUGGCCUGGUUUUGGCUAUUCAUUGGGAAUGGUUCAUACAGGCCCUUAAAAUCACUCCCAUGCAAAGACUUCAAGUUUUUGUUGUUUGCUUAUUUUAACAGAUGAGGAAGCUGAGUCCCAAAGAGGAAAGAGGACCUGCCCCAGAUCUCCCAGUUUGGGCUUCCAAAUCUCUAAGGCUUUUUGCUUAACCCAGAUAUGGGAUUCAACCUGGGCCUUCCAUGUUGUUUGUAUCUCAAGAAGAGAAGCCUUCAGGGGACUGGCAGGAUAGCAGCAACAUUUUUCUUGGGAGACUCUAGAACAGGUCCCUGUUACCUGAAGUAGUCCAGAAUACUUACAUGCCAGCAUGUGGGACCACUGGAUAUCCACUGGGCCCUCAGCCCCCAAAAUUACUACCAGGCCCCGUGAUAGCCAGAGAUCGCUCAGCCCAGUUACAUCCGGGCACUCUGAGCCAGCAGCCCCAUUGUGUCUAGUCUGACACAUCUCUUCCCGAGGACUUAGCCUGUAUGGAAUUCUCAGAGGCUCUGGCUCCAGGAGAGGCUCUGGGUGGAGUCCAGGACUGGUCACAGUCCCCUUCCUUCAAAGGCCCUGCUGGGCCAUAGGGGAGCUCUUGCUGGGCUGGAUGGAGCCUCUGUCCAGGAUUGAGGGUUGGCAGAGUCAGACUGACAUAGGCUUUAGGGACUCAGAGACAGGGGCUAGUUGGGUAUCUCAUCAGUACAUGUUACCUCUAGGAUCAGCUGGGAUCCGCUGGGAUCACCAGGAUCUCAGGGUGUGUGUCGAGGGCAUGGAGCUUGAAGGGAAGGGUGUCAGCAGAGACCAACCAGGAUGAUGCUGAACCUCAGCCCAUCAUUGCUGCUUCCUCUUCUUCCCCAAGCAGUAGAACCAAGACCGUUCACUCCACUCAACGGUGUUUCUUCUUGUUUUUGUUUCGUUCUGGUUUGGGCAAUGGGGUGGAAAAUGAUGCCAGCUUCUCACUCAUCUGUAAAUAUCAGAACUCUCUGACUUUGAAUCUCUGCACAUGGUGGGGUCAGGGAGUGGGGUAGUCAAGGAGUAGGUCCGAGGGUGUCAGCUCU